AUGGUCUUUUGUGAACGGAGGCCCGGCUUGUUUGGGGGCCCGCCCGCCUCACACACCACGCCUGCACGCCCGUCCGCCCCGUCUGUCCUCCACGCCCGUCCAGCUACCACGCCCGUCCAGCUACCACGCCCGUCCAGCUACCACGCCCGUCCAGCUACCACGCCCGUCCAGCUACCACGCCCGUCCAGCUACCACGCCCGUCCAGCUACCACGCCCGUCCAGCUACCACGCCCGUCCAGCUACCACGCCCGUCCAGCUACCACGCCCGUCCAGCUACCACGCCCGUCCAGCUACCACGCCCGUCCAGCUACCACGCCCGUCCAGCUACCACGCCCGUCCAGCUACCACGCCCGUCCAGCUACCACGCCCGUCCAGCUACCACGCCCGUCCAGCUACCACGCCCGUCCAGCUACCACGCCCGUCCAGCUACCACGCCCGCACGCCCGUCCAGCUACCACGCCCGUCCAGCUACCACGCCCGCACGCCCGUCCAGCUACCACGCCCGUCCAGCUACCACGCCCGUCCAGCUACCACGCCCGCACGCCCGUACGCCCCGUCCGCCCCGUCCGCCCUCCACGCCCGUCCAGCCACCACGCCCGCCCGUGUGCCCUCCACGCCCGCCCAUGA